AUGUAUAAAAACCAUGAGAUCUUUCUGCCCCUCUCCUACCUAAACACAACCGACUUCAUCGCCUACGACCCUAAAUUCUUCGAACUUAUCGGUCCCAACGCCACCGUCGAGCACGUCCAAAACCUCGCCUACCAGUCCCACAAAGCACCCUGCUACAUCAAAGAAACCAACGAGCUGUUCUUCGUCGAUUGGGGCCCACCCGGUGGCGACGACGGCGUUCACUCAUGGCAGUAUGUCUUAGAUAUCGAGACGAAUGAACUGCGCAAGGUCGAGACAACUCCCCCGACGUAUAAUGCGCACGGAUGUGUGUAUUAUAACCAGUCGCUGUACGUGGUUACAGAUGGAUACGCAGAUAAAGAGUCCGGGGCGCUGGUGAAGGUCAACCCGAGGAGUUGGGAGCGUGAGACGCUGGUGAAUAAUUAUCUGGUGCAGCCGUUCGCGGGGUUCAAUGAUUUGGAGAUGGAUCGGGAGGGGAACUUCUGGGUGACGGAUUCGAAAUCUGGUUGGGGCCGAGGCAUCACGACCUUCACACCCCCCACUCUCCCAAGCAUCUACUUCAUCGAGCACACCACCCUCCGCUCAAAGGUCGUCCAGACAACUACCGGCAACGCAAACGGCUACUUUCCGCGCCGGAAGGACCCGUACGGGGAGCGCGAGCUGUGGGCGUUCGAUGUGUCGGAGUCGCGAUCAGUGCUGUCGAAAAAACGGCUGUUAAAUAACCCGAUUUCGUACUUUUAUGACGGGGUGAGGGUGUCGAGGGGUGGGUGGAUUUUUGCAGGCGCGGGAGACGGCGUGGAUGUGAUUGAUCCCGAGAACGGGUUUACGGUGGGGAGUGUGAGGAUGGGAGGGGGGGAGAAUCUGGCGGUGAGUUUGGCGUUUGGGGAGAAUGAGAUUUGGAUUGUGGGGAGGGGAGGAGUUUGGAGGGUGAAAGGGGUGAGGGAGAGGUUGGCGAGGGAGUGGUAG